GUGGAUUUGAUUUUGAUUGACGACGAGUAGACAGACAGACAGACAGACAGACAGACAGAAGUAAGUGGCGGGUCUCUCUGGCUACACGUCCAUAUAGCACGAGUAGCUGCCAGCGCCGAUCGAUGCUGUGUGUGGUGCUCGUCUGAGACGACUGACUUACCCAAUAAUGCCGUGUCACACACAUUCAUCUCAGCCAAGUCACAGUCUCAUGGCUGCCGAAGAAUGUCUGGCUGUCGUGGGUCCACCGCUCCAUCGCACCUCUUGCGAGGCUGGACGGAACGACCGACACACGAUCGCCUCGCUUCACCCACACAAUCGGUCUGUCCUAUGAACAACCCACUGACGACCGAGUCAUUCUCAUUCGACAUUUGGAUGAUUCAUCUGGCACUUUGCCGGAGAAAGCUGUCUUUGUGACCAGCGAGGUGUCUUUCUGCGCCCCUUCCCGUGCGCUUCCCCUCCUUCUAAACCUCCUCUUUCGCCGAUCGCAAGCGCGCAGCAGAAAGGGCUGAAAAAGGAGAAGGGGGGAGGCGUUGUGAUGUCGGGCGGCCACAACAACCCGCCCUGGCGGCCCGACUGUCCUUCGGGUCAGUCCAGACGUCCGGGCGAAAACGCAUCGGAUGCGUUUGUCCCCGCUCCGAGCCAUUAUGGCUACUUCAACCCGAGCGCAUCCGCCCACGGUGAGUAGGAGACCACGUGUAGGUUCGCUGCAAUGUGCCCCUUUGCAAUGUGAUGUGUGCAGGCGUAUAUGUAUAUGCCCCCCCCGUCGCUGUACAGAGAGGCUCUCCGGCUGCGAGUCAGGCGCAAGGCACUGCGCAAGCCCAGCCACCCGCUGGCCCCCCCAUCGGACCAGUGCCACAACAAUCUGCCAGUGCUAGUGCCAGUGUUGGUGGAGCACCGCAGCCCAUCAGCACGGAAGACAGCCAUGAGGAGCCGGAGGGCACCACGGGGGGCGGCAAGCGCAAGAGGGACACAGACGACGACCAGGAAGAGGAAGAGGCACAGGUACAUGCAGAAGUCCGCCUGGUACACACGAGAUUGGCGUGAUGCGCACCUGGCUGCGUGUCAGGCUGAGGGGGAUGAUCUGCAUGGCGUAGAUGGGAAUGCAGGAGGGCCAGACGGCCACGGUGGUGAUGAAAUUGAUCAGGUAAGUCGAAAACGACGAUCCGCUUGGCCAAGCGUGUGCAUCCAGUUGUCUUGUGUGCUUCCGGUGGCUCUUGUGCUCAGGUUAGCGGCGGCCCUUUGAGUGAGCAGAUGGGCGACGGCGGCAGGGGGGGCAGAAUGGUACGCUACCGCAAAGCAGUCAACCACGUCGGCAUCCUGUGUUGCCCUCUGGCGGUGCAGACCAAGCACAAGGCGCAGAAUCAGCGUCGCCGACGUCGGAAGACGGUGCCAGCGGGUGAUCGCAUGGUGAUGCCCAAGCCAUCGACAGCCGCACCCGAGCCGUUCCCCGUCAGUCAAGAGCCGCGCGAGAUAGAUCAGCCGCUGCCCAUGUGGGGCGAGGACGGCCAGCCCACCACCGUCAACAUCCACCGUAUGGCCGUCGUGUUUGUUCACCCAGGCAGACAGGCAGAAAGGCAGAAACUGAUCGCUGUGUUGUGUUGUGGUGUGUGUGUGGGUCAUGUGUGUCAGGUGAGGAGGCGCCCGUGUUUGGCGAGGAGGACUUCGCCGCUGUACGGACGUACAAUCUGAUCAAAUCCAUUCUCGGUGGGGACAUCUCGCUCUUCGUAGGCAUCCACACACCCACACGCACAUCCACACGGACCUGCUCGAGUGCCGUCAUUUGUGUAUGUCGGUCAGGUCUACACGUUAGCCGAUGACCCCGGUGUGUUGUGCCCGUACCUCCCCCGUGGUGAGGGCACGACGCCGCCAGUGUUUAGCAGUCUCAUCACCUUCACCGUCGCCACGCACCUGUGAGCCGCCCACCAACACACGCACAUCAACACACGUCCAUGCAGCCAUCACAUGUGUGACGAUUUGGUGUCUGUGUGGGCAGGACGAAGCGCAUUGGCGGCAACAGAACGACUCGCACGUCGCUGGCAGAGUAUGCGGCCAUAACCAUGACCACCAAACAGCCGGACGGCACUCUGCGGCACUUCGUAAGCCAUGCACACACACACACACACACACAGCGAGAGAGAGAGGGAGACACACACAUGCCUCUGUGUACUUGGUCUGUGUCCUCACACACACAGACGUUUGAGAUUGGCUUCCACUUUGAGAAGGGGGGGCGGCACCACAGAGAGGUCUUGCAACGGUAUCUCACCCUCAACGCCUUCCACCAGCUGGGCCAACUCCUGUCUGCUCACAACUACACGUGGGCAGCUAAUACACACAUAGCACCGUCGCGUCAACACAAGGAAAGUCGUCUGUCUGUCUGUCUGCGUGUGUGUGCGUGUGUGUGUUGACUGCACCCAGGUGGUUCACGCGCAAGGAGGUCAGCGGCCUGGCCACGCUGGAGAAGCCUCAUCUGGUGCUGUACCUCUACUACAACGACGGCAGAGUGCCGACCGAUUUGCCCGCCCCUUCCCCCGGCGAAAAAGGCGCCCUGCAGCCCGGCCAGAACUACUCGUCCAGCCUUGCGACGACGCGGGGCAUCUCCCCCGUCAACAUCCGCUGCCACGUAGACCUGCUGGUAACACACACUCAGCACGACAAACAUGCCCGUCUGACCCCGGCUGUCCGGCUGUCUGUGUGUUGAUGCCUACCAGGCCAAGUUCAUUGACGCCUAUAUGGGGGCGGGCAAGACGCUGUGGUCGGGUUGCAAGGUGCCGAAUGAUGCGGAAAUGCUCAGGCGCAGGAAGGCCAAGGGGGUGAAGACUCAGACACACUGAGCGCUCGCAGCGUAGAGAGGCUCGGUGAAGCGGUUCAGAGACAGAGUGCUGAGACGGCUGUGGGGUUGUGUGUGUAUAUGUCUGCCGGGAGUGGUGGUGGGUGAGGACGGAUGGGAAUGGAUUCUCUAUGAAUGUGAUGUGCACAGACGAAGAAAAACAUCCAAAGAUCACACUCACUAAACCG